CAGCCGAACCCAACCAUGGUGUAUCUAGUUUCGCCUUAUCCUCCACUCUCGCUCCACCAGGAAGGAUAUAAUUCAUUUACUCAAAGGCAGAAACUUUUCUCCUCCGUGUAGAAGUUAGCAACCGCAAUUGUAAAGAAACAACCUUAGUAGCUGUAGUUUAGGCAUACUGUCUUUUCCCACCCAAAACAAAAUAUCAUUUUACACCAUUGUGACUGUUGUUCGAAACGGAACAUGAGUGACUUCCAUAUCGAUAGUUUCCGGAAAGCAGUACAGUAUCAAACACGUGUCGACAGUGAAUAGCGGCAGUCUAAGGCAGCUCGUUGCACGCUCAAAACUAAGAAACGGGUCCAGCAACCGAUUACAGCACACGUACCGGAUAAUUCGAAACGUAAUUAGCGGCGAGGCGAAGAAUCAAGCACUUGACUGCAUAACGGUACGUGCCUGUGGCAACCUUGCGUAACACACUGUGCCUCCACUGCAUACAGUCCAGCAGGAGAGAGAAAAAAAAAACCUAUAUAAUAUAAGGAUACAACAGCUGUAGCUAAAUGCCAAAAAUCUACGACCAGUGAAUGAAACGAGUUGUGAGCAUUCAAACCCGACCAAUUUUACCGAGCAAACGAGUGCAGCCCUCCCACCGGCACCCAUUGAACUCGACACGUUCCAGACUUCACGUGAAACGUGUUGAACGUCGUCCGCUCGUUCCCUGCCCGGACCUGGCACGACGUCAGGUGCCAAACAGCUCGACACCGAUUUUCACUGCCAGGACCGCCUACCAGCUCCGGAGUAAAUGAGUUGACUUCCCUUUGCCCUGUCGGAAUUUGAAAUACCGGAAAUGAUCUUCAGCGGUGACUUAAUAUUCAGUGUGCAUUUGGUGGUGUUGUUUCAGUGCUGCUGGAACGUGUCCAUGGCAUCCACGAUUAAUACGCCACCCGAGAAAGCGAAUCUUUCCACAACGACGUCGAUGGGCGCUGCGGUGGUUUCCGUCGACACUAACGCCCAGCUAGUGGCUAGUGGCAGCAUAAACGCAAAUGGUUCAUUGCCCAAUUUGGGAUCGUCAACGGUACAGAAGUAUCGCCUGCUUGGGGAGCUUGGACAAUCCUGCUCGGUGACGGCAGACUGCCGCCAAUAUGCCUACACCUGCGGCAGGAGUAUGGCCAGUUGUGAAUGCGCCGAAGGAUAUCGCCCUGAUGUGGAACGGAGAAGCUGCGUUGGAGCCAUCGGAAAACGCUGCCAGUACGACAGCCACUGCAUAACCAAUGCUUACUGCAAAGGACAAAUGAUCUGUACGUGCAAGCGGGAAUUCGAGUAUCUUUCCGAGGAUAAGUGGUCAUGUCAAGCGUCAGCAGCAGAUUCGCUACUACUGCAUCGAAAAUCGACGACGAGGACGAGCACGACGUCGACGUGGCUGAAAGCCAAAACCCUGCUGCUGGCAGCGCUACAGGGCUCGAGAGGCGGGGCAAUCAUUAUUCCACUUCUCCUCGUUAGCAGCUGGCAGUUGAAGAUAAAUUUAUUUACAGUUUGAUUGGAUUAAAAAUAAGCAACGGCAGUCAGUAGCAGCAAGCGGGCGGCGAACUGGGAUGGUAUCCCGAAUCCCUUCCGGAAAUGUAUCGUUUCGCACCGGGUAUGAGGUUUCUUCUCAGGCCGAGGUCGCCAGAAAGAAGAAAAAAAUUAAAAAAUGGAAAAGCACCGAUGGCUGAUGAUUCUAGCGUUGUUGCCGUUGCUCCCGUUGCUACUGCUGCUACAAUCAUACAUUACGAAUUGGCGGAAACCGUUUUUCUUGCUCGGAGUUGCCGAAAUUUCUGGUUCCCAUUCGGUCACCGAGGGAAUAAUUGAGUUCAGCAAAAGGUUGGCAGUGAAGAUUUGGAACAGGUUUCUUUGUUUAUUGUAUUGCGCUAUCAAAUUACAUGCGUUUUGAGGUAUUAAAUUUAUGUUUUCAUUGUAACUUGAUUUAUUAAAACAUAAAUUUAUGAGAAAUAAAACUUAGAGAAACAAAUGUUCAACAAAAUACGUACUCAAAUAGCAAUCAUGGUAGCAUAAGUUAAAAUAAAAAUAAAUUAAGGAGAAUAACUAAGAGUAUCAAAUUAGUUUAAAAAACAAGAAAACUGUACAUACAACCAAUACAUAAAGCAAACACAAGUAAUAUUCCCGGAGUGCAUUUACGGGGCCCGAUAUGCACUGCUCAGAAUCACAUGCUUUUCGGAAAGUGCGGACGUACAAACGUUCGCUCAGUGGAAACAAUGACAUCUGGAGAGGGAAGGUUUGGGGUGUCGUACUGCAGGCGGGAAAGUUUAACAAACACGGAACGUGAGGAUACAGUGCGCAGUUUCUCGGGAUGACGAUUUCUUGCCACGUAAAUGUCGAAACAUCCAGGGCAUCAGCUGCCGGAGGAAAAUCGAAAUAAGAUUAGUUUGUACUUUCAGCGCAUAAGACGGCGAUCUUUUCCUGAAGUGGUGGAAGUGAAUUGCAACCGCUCCCGGAAAGCUUUCCGUCUGCCCAGUUGACGGGGGCGCUACUGAAAUCAAACAUUUGCCUCCAUAUUGCACGAGUAUUACACGGAGCGCCGACGGUGGAGCAAGAAUUUGUUUCAGUCCGAAAAGGCUGCCGCUGGCUAUUUGUUCAAUAAAAUCAAUGUUGAAUUUACGUGUUUCUUCGAAAUUUCAUUUGGUAGUUCAAACAUUUUCCGCAUUACACAUCGAUCAUCAUAUCUCGCAACCGACAAACCAUGGUUUCGAUGUGGGUAGUGACACUGUUGUUCACACACAGAGAGUCGGGGGCUGGGUUUUGCACUAAAUUGUAAUCGAAUCACGAACGCCGCAGCAGCGUUCCUUCAGUUGCAGCAUGUUUGUGCAGUUGCAUGGUAAGACUGAAAUUCAUUUGCAUUAUUUGGCUGACGCUUAUGGCAUUUGUGGAUUGAUUGAGUUAGUUACCAGAACAAAAUUGGAUCAAAGUUUAAAAGAGAUUGUUUUUUCUUAUUCAUGUAUUUACAGUACGAGGAAAACAGGUCGAGGAAAACUUUUACACAUCGGUUGGGUAAUGAAUAAGU